AUGCGCGUCGCUCUUCUCGCUGCCAUCAUUCCAGUGGCCAUCGCUGGUUGGAACCCCAAAGCGUGCAAUGGAGCCGGAGGCUGCACCCAAGUUGGCUAUGCCAACUCAGACCCCUUCGUUUGCCCCGAUGGCAGCAGGUUGAACAUGCCUACGUUUGCGAGUGAUAACUUGGACGCCGGAGAUGGAAACGGCAUUCCUGUGACGAAAGACGACUUCCCCAAGUCGUGCACCAGCGGCGCUGUCCCCCCUGCCGACGCUACCUUCUUCAAAAUCCAGUCGAGCAACAACCAAACCAUGUUCUUCUUUAAUACGAUCACGUGUGAUACCCCUAACCCGGAGCCUAUGAAUUGUUAUGACAAGAACCCAAACCCAUCUGUCCAAACAUUCUGCGCCAUGUAUGAUCCCAAGGGCGGCUUGUGCAAGGAGAACCCCGCGGCUGGAUACUGCGAGCGUUGGGGAUACUCAACUGUCAACCCUCAGUGCGCCUUCUAUAAGCCAGGUGGCCCAGAUCUCCCCAACACCGAGUCAUAAUUUCGCUAGUAUAGCUUCUUGUAUAUAUUAUUUACACUAGCUGAAGGCACGUUCGUGGUGAUACGACGCCUUAGACAGGGUGAAAUAAUGAAAUAUAACAUGAAAUUUUUUCACUGUG